AUGCCAACAUUUAAAGAUAAACAAGAUUUUUGUAACCAAACCAAAGUUGCUUCUGAAAAAAAUUAUGAAUUAAUUGAAUUUGCAAAAAACAAUCUAAAUAAUUUACCAUUUACUCCAGAAGAUGGUGAAAAAUGGGAAAAUUAUGAAAGAAUGAUUAGUGGAAUGUUAUAUAAUUGUAUGCAAAAGGAAUUAGAAAUUGUUAGAAUGAAUGUUAGAGAUUUAAUAUUAGAUUAUGGUAAUUUUAGAACUGGAGAUUAUAAAUCAAUUCCUGAAUUUUAUCAAGCUAGAACUGAUUUUCUUAAAAAAUUUAUAGGUCAUGUUGGUGAAGAUACUUUUAUGGAAUAUCCUGCAAGAUUUGAUUAUGGAUUUAAUACAUAUCUUGGUAAAAGAUUUUAUAGUAAUUAUAAUUUAACAAUUUUAGAUGUUGCUAUAGUUAGAAUUGGUGAUUAUUGUAUGUGUGGUCCAAAUGUUUCAAUUGUAACCCCAUGUCACCCUCUAAAUCCAAGUCUAAGAUGGGAUCCACCUUUGGAAAAUGCGUUACCGAUUACUAUUGGAGAUAAUGUUUGGUUAUGUGCAGAUUGUACAAUUAUUGGUGGAGUUACAAUUGGUGAUGGAUGUGUAAUUGCAGCAGGUUCAGUAGUUACAAAAGAUAUACCAGCCAAUUCAUUAGUUGCUGGAGUACCAGGUAGAGUAAUUAAACAAUUAGAACCAAGAGAUCCAUCGUUCAAUAUUCAUGAAACUAUACAGAAAUAUGGUAUGGGUUAUAUAGAGUAA